CCAACUUCACUUGUCCGCUAGUUUUCCAAGCUUCUGCGACCUCACCGCCGCCGCCUUGCUUCCUUCCGCUGCGCGUUCUCGCCCUACGCACACGAUGAUCGCGCUGGCGCUCCUUUGCGCGUUGCUCGCCCCCGCCGACGCCUCGUCGCUCUAUAAGCGCGCCGCCGUCGGCUGUCCGGAAACGUGCGACCCGUCCCGGUGCCCGCCGCCCCCCUCGCCCGCCGAGUGCCCGGCCGGGGUGGCGCCGGACGCUUGCGGCUGCUGCCGGGCUUGUGCGGCCGACGAGGGCGAGCCGUGCGGCGGAGACGAACGCCGCUGCGGCGACGGUCUGACUUGCGUGACGAGCGACGGCGUGGCACCCACGAGCACCCUGCGGCGCCGGGCCACGGCGGGAGUGUGCGCGUGCGCCAGCUCCGAGCCCGCAUGCGGCAGCGACGGGGUCACCUACGCCGACGUCUGCCGGCUCCGACGCGAGAGCGUCCGCGCAGUCCGGGCCGGGCGGCCGCCCGUCAUCCCCAUCCAGAGAGGCGCGUGCGGGCAUGCAGGUCAGAGGAACCCCGACAGUCUUCGCCUCAAGUACAACUUCAUCGCCGACGUGGUGCAAAAGAUCGCUCCGGCCGUCGUCCACAUCGAACUUUACCGCAAGAUGGUUUAUUCCAAGCGGGAAGUGGUGGUGGCCAGCGGCUCGGGAUUCGUCGUGUCGGAGGACGGACUCAUCGUCACCAACGCCCACGUGGUGGCCAAUAAGCAUCGAGUGAAGGUGGAGCUGAAGAGCGGCGCCACGUUUGACGCCAAAAUCUUGGACGUGGACGAGAAGGCCGACAUCGCUCUCAUCAAAAUCAACGUCCACAGCAAGCUGCCGGUUCUGCUGCUGGGCCGCUCGGCGGAGUUGCGCCCCGGCGAGUUUGUGGUCGCCAUCGGCAGUCCCUUCUCGCUGCAGAACACCGUCACCACCGGCAUCGUCAGCACCACGCAGCGGCAAGGCAAGGAGCUGGGCCUGCGCAACUCCGACAUGGGCUACAUCCAGACCGACGCCAUCAUCAACUACGGCAACUCGGGAGGGCCGCUCGUCAAUCUGGACGGCGAGGUGAUCGGCAUCAACACCCUCAAGGUCACGGCGGGGAUCUCCUUUGCCAUCCCGUCCGACAAAAUCCGAGAGUUCCUGGCUGAGUCGCAUGACCGCCAGGUCAAAGGGAGGAACAGCGGCAAGAAGAAGUACAUUGGCAUCAGGAUGAUGAGCCUCACGCCAACUCUCGCCAAGGAGCUGAAGGACAGACAGUCAGACUUCCCGGACGUCACCUCGGGCGCCUACGUCAUCGAAGUCCUCAGCCGGACCCCCGCCGAGGCCGCCGGCCUGCGGGAGAGCGACGUGAUCAUCAGCAUCAAUGGCGAGCGCGUGACGUCGGCGGCCGACGUGAGCGCCGCCAUCAGGCGUGACGACACGCUGCGGCUGGUGGUGAGGCGCGGCAACGAGGACGUCAUCGUCUCCGUCGUGCCCGACGACGUCGCCCCGUGACGCGUCGGCGACGAGCCGCCGCUGCCACCGACAGCACUUCCGCCGGCCACCAAUGAGGGGCGCUGCGGGCGGAACACCUGCUGAGUUUCGGGUGUUACGGACGUACGGACCAAUGCUUGAGACCGUGCGUCACACGUGCACCUCAAAGACACUCGCGCGACCGGUUGCUACUUGUGUGUCCGUCAAGUGGUUUCGGUUGACUUGUUUUGAAGUUGUUUUUAUGCGUAUGACCAUUUUUCUGGGAAAAAAAAUAAAAUUAUUUUUAACAUAA